UAACCCACAAUCGGCCAUUACAUCAAUGGAGGCCAAUGUGGUAAACACCGUGGCAGCCAUCCUCACUAUUUUCCUGAUCCCGAGGGCCAUAUGGCAUCUGGUGUGGAGGCCGUACACCGUCACCCGUUGGUUUGAACGCCAGGGGAUACGAGGCCCACCUUAUAGACUCGUCGUCGGAUCCUUGUUGGAGAUCAAACGCAUGAUGGUCGCUGGCAGAGCAAAGGCGCCUUUGGACACUGGCUGCCACGACUAUACCCCCCUCGCCAUUCCCUUCUUCCACAAAUGGUUCUCUGACUACGGAAAAACAUUUCUGUACUGGUUGGGUCCAAUACCGGCAAUAUGUUCUAGUGACAUAGAGCUAGUCAAGCAAAUGCUUGAAGACAGGACAGACUUGUUCCCAAAGGACUACCUGAAUCCAAGUUUGGAAAUCAUAUUCGGCAAGGGAGUUGUAUUCGCAAACGGAGAUGACUGGAAGCGGCAUCGCAAAGUAGUGAACCCGAUUUUCCAUCUGGACAACCUCAAGUCUGUGCAGGCUAUAGCAUCGGAAGGCGCACAAAAAAAGAUUGAACAAUGGUGCGCCCAAAUAGAAAAGCAGGGCGACGGACACCAAGCCGAGAUAGACAUGGCACGUUGCUCCGAAGAGUUGACUGUAGAAGUCAUUGAACGGGUGAUAUUCGGCAAGACUUACAGGGAAGUCAGGGAGGCGUUUGUCGCUGGUAAAGAGCUCCAAAAGCUCGCGUUUUAUGCAUUAUCAGAUCCUCCAAUACCUGGAUUUAGAUAUGUGCCGACUCCCCGUAACAUACGGUCAUGGAAAUUGGACAAGUUGAUUACGACGAAUUUCACGCAGCUCAUAAAGGCACGGCACAAGGUGGCCGUCCAUAGAGACGACCUGCUCGGGCUGAUGUUGCAGAGCCGCGGGCCGGAAGCCGAGACACUGAGCACCGAGGAGAUAAUCGGUGAGUGCAAGACGUUCUUCGCCGCAGGGCAAGACACGAGUGCCAAUCUCCUCACUUGGGGGAUGUUCCUGCUCAGCAGAUACCCAGAAUGGCAAGAUAAAAUCAGGGAAGAGGUUCUCAGAGAAUGCCGGGACGACGACGAGGUCAUUGACCUCGGCAAACUGAAGCUACUUAACAUGUUCCUCCUGGAGACGCUAAGACUCUACAGCCCCGUGCCGUUCUUGCUGAGGAAGACCGCCUCCGACACAACGGUGGCAAACAUCAAAGUGCCAAGAGGAACCAUGAUAACGUUUCCGGUAGCGACGCUGCACCGGAGCAAGGAGGUAUGGGGCCUCGACGCCGACGAGUUCAACCCCAUGAGAUUCGAAAGAGGUGCCUCGAGGGCCGCCAAGUACCCUUAUGCGAUGCUGGCCUUCUCACACGGCCCACGGGCUUGCGUUGGAAAGAACUACGCAAUGGUGCAGGUGCAGACCGUGAUGGCGAAGAUCCUCACAAGGUUCUCCUUCUCCCUCUCUCCCCGCUAUGUGCACAUGCCGAAGAACUUCAUCACGCUGGUGCCUAGGCACGGGCUCCCUCUCGUCGUGAGGAGACUGCAGCUGGAUGGGCCAGAAAAUGGCAUGUGAUGUUGUACUACGUGAAUUUGUGAUGCGGGUGUGGGAAGCACACAAUAGUGAAUAAACCUAGCCCGAGAAUAAAGUAUAGCUUUUUUUUUUUGUAAAAGAAUAAAGUAUAGCUUGGAUGGUCAAUGGAUGUAGUUGCACGUACUAUCUCCAUGGAUUAAACCCCAAGUUUGAUGUCGGUGUGCGUGGGGUUAGAUGUUGGCUUAUUCAACCAUCGCGUGCCAUCUGGAUUGCAUCUCUAUCAAGGUUGUAAUUUGUAUAAGUUGUAUCUAUCAGUGAAUGAUUAAGCUUGAGUCUCAAACAUA